AUGGAUGCCCAAAAGGUGCAACACUCUCCAUCCUCAAAUUCCCCUCCUCGUCGAAAUGAAAUCGAUGCACCUGCACUUACACAGAUCCCUAAAAACAGUCCAGAACCAAAAACUGCAAAGACAUAUCCUUGUCGUUACUGUGACAAAACAUUUAGUACAUUCAUGGCCCUAGGAGGACACCAAAAUGGGCAUAAAAGGGCUAGGGGGUUACAUGCGGGACGGGCUCAAACUCCUCUUUAUCGACCCUACCCAGCUACAAGUCGUCCUAACAGCGGAUCAGAUUCCAUGGAUAACAAGAAGUCUAAUUUGUCCAUGGAAUCGUCCACUUCUUCCACUAGUACUUGGCGUCUCCUGCAAGAGUUUUAUGCCAAGUUUUCGGUGAAAUCUGCUCCUCCUUCACUCAAUUGUGUUCCUCCUGCAGCCACUGCAUUGUCUCCUGGAGUUUCUUCUACUCCAAAAACUAGUGAAGAAGUUAAGGAGGAAGAUGCAUCGGGACUGGAUUUGGAUCUUAAACUCUAG